AUGGAGGACGGCUGUAAUCCCAGCCUGGCCGUAGACUCAGGGAACCCGCUGCUCAGAGCGGUUUUCCUUCGCCGCCUGCGGCUCACCCGGCUCCUCCUGGACGGAGGGGCCUACAUCAAUGAGAGCGACAGUCAAGGACAAACGCCGCUCAUGGUGGCCUGCAGGACCCAGCACGUCGACGCCCAGAGCGCCAGCCGGGUCAAGUUGGUCCAGUUCCUCCUGGAGAAAGGAGCCGACCCCAACAUCCAGGACAAGGAUGGCCGUUCGGCGCUGAUGCACGCCUGCCGGGAGCUGGCGGGCUCGGAGGUGGUGUCCCUGCUCCUGGGCAGCGGGGCGGACGUUAGCCUGGAGGACCGGACGGGGACAUCGGCAUUAGUCCAUGCAGUCAUGGCUGGAGACCUGAAGGUGCUGAAGCUGUUACUUGACACAUGCAAGGCCAAGGGAAAAGAGGUGAUCAUCAUAACCACAGAAACAUUUCCAUGUGGAAAAAUGCAAGCCAAGCAGUACCUCAGCAUGGCGCCGCUCAGUCCUCUGGAACAGGCCGAUAAAGCAACGCCGGCAGCGCCGGCAUCUCCGUCUGAAGUUCAGCUCAUCUCCUCCCCGCCGUGCUCCUCCUCCCUCUGCCCCCCAAAACCUGUCUUUUCAUUCAAGGAGGCGCAAAUCUGUGGCGCCAGCUCCCAUCCGUGUUCCCCGUCGCGGUUCCGUGGCCUCGGCCAGCCGACGGCCAACGGGACGCAGCAGCCGCUGCUGAGGCUGAACUCCGAGCCUUGGCUGAAGAUCCCGGCGUCUCUGCUCACCCAGCAGCUUCACGCAGCUUCAGAUAGGAGCAAAAACCCCAACCAGACCGAAGAGCUUUCCUUCACUGUUCCAGAAGUGGAUGAGGAGGACUUCAAGAGGUACGAAGAUAUGCUGGUUAGCGAUAAAGGAGAAGAUGGAAACAAUGAUUGUGCCAAGCAAAAGAUAUCCCUGCCCGGUCUCCUGUCCUCCCACUCUGCAUCACACCCCAACCUUCACUCUGAGACCCUCACUGGGGACUCGCUGUCCUCCACUUCCUCUCUGUCUCGUGGCAAAGAUCUUCACAGCUUGGCCUCAUCAAGUCUUCAUCACAUCAUCCAGAGGCGCAAGCUGGGCACCGACAUCUACAGCUCCGACCCCCAGCUGGCCAGAGACCAGACCGAGGGCAAGAGGCUGGCGCCGCUACGCUGCUCCACCACGCUGGGCUCCAGGGAGUCGCUGUCAGGCUCCAGCCGAAGGGUCCUGUUUGGGUACGAGCGCCGAGGAUCUGGAGCCUUCCUGUUGGACCACAGUUCCCAGGCCAGGCCUCGAUCUCUGCCUCCUCUGAACAACACCCCCAUCCCUCACACUUACAGCCUCAGCUCAGGCAGUGGAGGUAGUUUUCUCCCAUCAGCCCCCCCUGGGCAGCCCAGAGGCGGCCCGGACCAGACCAGGAGGAGGCUGCUGCGGAGACACUCCAUGCAGACGGAACAGUUCAAAGGCACAGCGUGA